CCGAAACCAGGAGUCGGACGCUCAACCGACUGAGCCACCCAGGCGCCCCCAAUUGUUAUUAUUUUUUUUUUAAGUAUUUUCAUGUUUGGGUGAGAAAAUGGCAAACGUACAGGAGACGGGCGAGAGCCGCUCAUACGCAGAUACGCCCUUCACCGGUUCAUCGUCAGCCUCUUACCACCUGCGCUUUCUCCCUGUGCACCUCACGAUAGGCCCCUUCCCAGAAUUGUUGGAAAGCAGGUUUGCAGACAUCAAGCCCCCUGGUCCCCAAACAGCCCGUACCCCUUAACAAGGACAUCCCAGGACGGGGUUGGUGCCAUCCCAGGACACGCGGUCCAUUCGCACAUCCCCCCGGCACCUCGUGACAUCCUCUCCGGCAACCGUUAGAGCCACCGUGAGGUCCGGGACGCCGCGUGGCCUUUCCGGUCGCGGCUUCGUUGCCCUGCAAUCUGGAAAGGUCCCCCCGGGCUUUCCUCACCUCUCGUGACGAGGACACUCGUGGCCCAAAGUCUGUUCCGACAGGUGGGCGAUCGGGUGCCUUUCCGGGGGACUGACGUCGCCCCUGUCGGCCCUCUCCAGUCUGCUAGCCGCAGGCUCUGCGACGCCGCGGCGCAGAGCGGUGGCACUAGGCGGGAACGGGGGUGGCCUCUGCUCCAGAGCCAGCCGCUCCGCGAGCCUAUGUGUCCCGGCGUGAGCGAGGCCCCGGCGCUCUACGGCCGUGGCUUCCUGACCAUCGAGCAGAUCGCCACGCCGCCACCGCCGGCCGUCAUGGACUACAUCUUCCUGCUCCUGUGUCUGUGUGGCCUGGUGGGCAACGGGCUGGUCCUGUGGUUUUUCGGCUUCUCCAUCAAGAGGAGCCCCUUCUCCGUCUACUUCCUGCACCUGGCCGGCGCUGACGCCGGCUACCUCUGCAGCAAGGCCGUGCUCUCCGUCCUGAACACGGGCGGCUUCCUGGGCACGUUCGCCGCCUACGUCCGCGCCGUGUGCAGGGUCGCGGGGCUCUGCAUGUUUGUCGCCGGCGUGAGCCUCCUGCCGGCCAUCAGCUCGGAGCGCUGCCUGUCGGUGGUCUUCCCCGCCUGGUUUUGGCGCCGUCGGCCCAAGCGCCUGUCGGCCGUGGCGUGCGCCCUGCUCUGGGCCCUGUCGCUCCUGGUCACCACCGUCCACAACUACUUCUGCGUGUUCCUGGGCCACCGAGCGUCCGGCGUGGGCUGCAGGCACAUGGACGCCUUCCUGGGCAUCCUGCUUUUCCUGGUCUUCUGCCCACUCAUGGUGCUGCCCUGCCUGGUGCUCAUCCUGCGCACAGAGUGCGGGGCCCGGAGGCGCCAGCGCUCCGCGAAGCUCAGCCACGUCGUCCUGGCCAUGGUUUCGGUGUUCCUCGUGUCCUCCAUCUACCUGGGGGUCGACUGGUUCCUCUUUUGGGUCUUCCAGAUCCCGGCCCCCUUCCCCGAGUAUGUCACCGACCUGUGCAUCUGCAUCAACAGCAGUGCCAAGCCGGUCGUGUACUUCCUGGCCGGGAGGGACAAGUCACAGCGGCUGUGGGAGCCUCUCAGGGUGGUCUUCCAGCGGGCCCUGCGAGACGGCGCCGAGCUGGGGGAGGCCGGGGGCGGCACGCCCAACACGGUCACCAUGGAGAUGCAGUGCCCCUCUGGGAACGCCUCCUGAGAGGCCAGUGCCUGGGGGGGGGGGGGGGGGGGGGGGGCCCCCCGCCCCCCCAGACCCCCCGCCCCCCCGCGGCCCCCCCCCCCCCCCCCCCCCCCCAGACAUUGUCCUCGGCGCCCAGAGGCCUACUGUAUGGAAGUCACCCUGGGCUGGUCAAGGGGAGGCGGGGGGGUCAUCCAGGCCCGUCCGCCUCCUGCCCCUUUGAAUCUGCCCUCCUUGACAACGACACAGCCAGCACGGUCGCCCCCGGGGUCAGCAGCUGCGCCCCUGCGAGGGCACCUGUUCUCUCCAUUCCAUCCAGUCCAAGCAAUGUCGGGGAGCCGACCUGAGCGCAAUGGUGCUACCUGGGAGAAGGUUCUGGUUAACCUGCCUUGGAGUUCGGUCUUUCUGCACACAACGCCCCAGCCCCCGUCCAGGAAUCCUUUGGGGACUUUAAUGGGGGCAGAGGGGGGGUGGUUUCUGGUCAUGGCAAGCAGCCUGCCGGGACGGAGCUUGGGCCAGCGUGGACAGAUCGCUCCCUUCUCGGACUCCAUGCGGCCAGCCCCGGGACCCCCUCCAGAGUGCAGGCUGCCACGUGCCUGGUCCUCGGGGCUUGGCAGACUGGCCAGCAGCCUCUGGGCUCCAGCCCCCGCCUGGGAGCAGGCGCUGGCUCGACCCGGCCACCCCAGCCCACCUCCAAGCACAGUGGCCCUGUGCAGCCCAUGCAAGUUGUAUGGAAGCCAAUAAAUGUAGAUCAAUAAACAUUUUAUAUCGUGCACUGA